CCUGCAUGGAUGGGCUGGAUUUUUGAAAAUAGUCUCGUCGAAUAACUUCUUAAGCAACGUCGAUCUUUCUUGAUUUUCGUAUUUGGCUCUCGAUCUGUGUCUUGGAUUUUCAUUUUAAUAGAAAGCCUUCCCAAUCUUCGAGACUUUCGUGAUCUAGAUCACCGCGGAAAGUUAAAUCAUCAUGGCUACUCUCAAUAUCAUCGUCCUUCUCUCAUUCCUCUCAUCCAUCGUCUCCGCCCAUUUCUCUAUCCAGUACCCACCACCGAGAGGCAAUUCCUUUCUUCCGCCAGCGUCUCAGUGGGAGUAUCCAUGCGCAAACAUCAAUACCACCGAGAACCGUACUCUCUACCCUACUACUUCCUUCCCCAUCAAUCUUGACUUGCAUCAUCCAUGGACAUAUGUGUUCAUCAACCUUGGCCUCGGUAUCAACGGUUCCUCUAACCUAAAUAUCUCCCUCACACCCUCCCCCUUAAACGCCACCGGAUCCGGCCACCUCUGUCUCUCCGACUUCAAUUUGCCCUCCGGUGUCACCCUCGAAGAUGGCAUGAACGCCACAAUUCAAGUUGUUACUGUGGGCGAAAGCGGUAGUUCCCUCUACAACUGUGCCGAUAUCACUUUCUCCAGCAACGUCACUGCACUCAAGGCUUCAGAUAACUCAACCCAAUGUCCUACCACCCCUGGUAUCACAGUCACAACACUUGCCGAUGCUUCAAACACCACAUCUAGUACUUCUGCCACUGGUACUUCAAUCGGAUCGAAAAGUACCGGUGGUUCUUUAAGUGCUAUUGUUGUAUUACUAGGUGCUUUUGGUAUUGCUGGACUUUUAGUUAUCUAAUUUCAUGGGAAGCAAUGACACUCACGAUAUCAAAGGAGCAAAGGAUAUGGCUCGUCGACGUAUUUGAGUACAGGAUUCUGGACUUAGC